AUGCUGCCUAUCGCAUACCAACUGGAGCACAAGCCAGUGCUCGUGGUUGGCGGAGGCGACGUUGGAACGUCGAGAGUCGAGCGGCUUUUGCGAGUCAAGGCAGAUAUUACUCUUGUCUGUCCCGACGCGACCCCAGAGCUCGAGAAACUAGAAAGAGACAAGAAACUGACCUGGAUCCGGCGUCGGAUGGAUAUUGAAACUGACCUGCAGUCCCAGCAUUGGGCGAUGGUUCUUACGGCGAUAGAUGACCGUGAGACGUCCAUUGAAGCAGCAAAGCGGGCUCGAGAGCUGCGGAUUCCCGUGAACGCAGCAGACAUCCCCGAGUUUUGUGAUUUUUACUUUGGGUCGACCAUUGAGCGCGGGCCGCUACAGGUGAUGGUCUCGACAGGUGGUGCAGCACCUCGGCUGGCACGACGAAUCCGCAUGGCGCUAGAGAACUUUAUCGACGAGCUCGAGGUCGAGGGUGCAAUCACAAGAGUGUCCAAGCUCAGAUCGCAGCUGCGACAGAAGCUAUCUGGACAGGAUCGAGACACCACCAAACGACGGAUGGCCCUAAUGAGUGAUGUCUGUGACGAAAACAGCUUUGCGGAGCUGGCCGCGUUUUCAGACGAAAACAUUGAAGAGAUGAUUGAGAACAUGCUGCUAGAAAGCGAUUCUCCAGAGCCCACGCCAGAGACUACUGAGCAUGUGACAUCACCGCCGGACCCUGAGGGACCUCAGCCUUGGCAUUCUUUAGUGAGAGAGGCUAUUCAGUGUGGAAACGGACCUGAACCAGAAGUACCGCCUUAUCCUUUCAAGCAGGCGCCACGGAAGAGCUGA